ACCAUUUUUAUCACGCAUACCAUUUAUUUUGGUUAUCCUCUUGGGAAUGCUAAUGUAUUUAAUUAACGAAAUUGUUAGUUUUUAUUAACGUUUUUAAAUGUAAUGAUCUGCAUAUUAUUUUUAAAAACAAAUGUUAAAAAUGCUACUCUAACAAGAAAGUUAUGAAGCACAAAAUUCUUAAAUUAAUAUCACGGAAAAAAACAAGCUCUUUUAGGGUGGUUUUACUUGGCUCACCGGGUGUUGGAAAAACAGCAUUAAUUGUUCGAUGUUUAUCUAACCAGUUUUUUAAUAACUACGUCAGAGGAAAGGAAGAAGCUUAUAGGUAUAAAGUAACCGUCGGUACAAAAAAGAUUCAGUUAGAAAUUAUGGAUUCUAAUGGGAAGAACGACGCUCUUAUUUCUUACGCUGACUCGGUUAUACUUGUUUAUUCAGUAACUAACAAAGACAGUUUUGAAAAUGUUAAAAAUUUGAUUCAAAAAGUUCGUGCGUUAAACUUAAAUGAUAUACCGAUAGCAGUUAUUGCAAAUAAAAUUGAUCAAUGUAAACAACGCGAAGUCAGUGCUAAAGAUCGUUUAUCUUUAUCUGCAGAAUACGGUGUUGAGGUUUUUGAAAGAUCAGCUGCCAUACCCACAGAGGAUUUAAAAAGUAUAUUAGUUGAAAUGUGCAAACAAUCUCAGUUUGAGAAGCGCAAAAUAAGUAGGUCAUUUAUGGCGGUAGACGCAAAAUCAAACGGAUAUCAGAAGUAUGUAAAUAGUCGAUCAAAGUCGUAUAGCGCACUAGACUCAAUAAAAGUUCUAUCUGAUAUUUAAUUUAAUAUUUAAUAUAGUAUUUAGAGUAUUUAUAGUAUUUUUUUUUUUUUUAAUUAUGUUUUUUUGUGUAAUAGUAUUUUUUAUUACUUUGAGAUUGUUCUGAAAUAUAUUUAUAAAGUUGUUAAUUCUAUAUUUAUCUGCUAUAUGAUAAUAAUAAUAUUA